AAGGCGGCGAAGCUAGUGAUGACCCGGGAAAAACUGGCCGAUAUGGUUAGACGUUCAGCCGUCAUAGUCAAAGAAUUGAUGAUGUCCGAAAUUCGCGGGAAGAUUAUCCACGCAAAAAUUGACUCAGCAACACGACGAGGGCGCUCAUUCUUCGGUAUUAACAUACAGUUUGCCGACGAGCAAGGCUGUAUCGUCGUGCGACACUUGGCACUGCAUGAAAUGAUCGAAAGGCAAACGAAAGAGAAUUUAAAAAAUGUUCUGGAGCACGAAUUACAGGAGUUUGGAAUAGCGCAUAAUCAGCUUCUGACUGUAGCACAUGACAAUGGUGCGAAUAUGGUGGCCUCCGUUAAACUUCUGAAACGUUUCAUAGAUUCUUGUGAAGGACAGCACGGUGUAUCGGUAGGUUCCACAGUUCAAAAAGAGAAGGCCAUGAUAAAUGCAUAUUUGGCGGACCGGAAUGAAAAUGCUGACAUUGACUUUGAUGAUGAUGAUGCUGAGACAGGAAUGUUCAACGACGAAAGCGAAAUAUCAACGGAUGAAUUCGACACGGAUGUGGAGCCUGAGGAUCGCGGUGUUACAUGUGACGUAGAUGACAGUGAUAUUAUUGAAAUGGAUCUCAUUGAGAGUACAAGGUGUGCAGCUCAUACUGUACAACUCGCAGUUUGGGAUGUGCUGAAGCAUUAUAAAGGUCGAUUGGCGAAAAUAAAUCAAGUGUGCAUCAAAAUGCGUCACAAAGAGUUCCAGCAACUAUUUCACAUUCACAAGUACCCGGUACCACCUAAAGUUGUGGAGACUCGAUGGAACAUUUGGCACAUUCUACUGAAAUAUUUGCUGAAUCUACGGGAAAGCCCGUUCCUGUCCAUUCUGGAGAAGACAGACGAUUCCCUUGAUUUAUCGCGUCAGUGGAAAUUUAUUGAAAAAUUUUGCUCUGCUUUCGAACCUGUAUUUGUGCUCACUCUGAAGUUGCAGAAGGACCAUGUUUCUUUGUCUCAAUUUUAUGCUGACUGGCUUGUAUGCCAAGCGGAAAUUGAUGGAAUAAAGCAAGAAAAUAGUUUGGCGUCGAAGCUACUCAAAUGUAUGCAGAUCAGGAUUAAAAAGUUAAGCUCAACGAAAGCAUUCAAAGCAAGCUUGUACUUGGACCCUAGGUUUAAUUUCGUCGGUUCAAAAAGGUUAAGCCCAGCUGAUAAAAAAGAGGCACAGGAAUAUUUGUUAGCAUUGGAUAGUCUACUGGAUGCUGUGACAGGCAUUAACAUGCAGGUGGCCGAGGAUAAAGAGAACAUUUCAUCACCAUCUGACUUCGUUGAGGUUUAUUUGGCUGAAUUUUUCGACGAAGACUCGUCAUCAUCCACGUACUCACAACCUUCGAAUGACUCUUUACUGAUAGAAUUGAUUAAGCUUGAAACACGAGAGAAGGUUAGCAUCGCAUCGCAGCAAUCAAAAGAUGGAGUUGUGGUACAACCGUUUGACAUUGUUACUUAUUGGAACAAACGGAAAUAUUUAAGCCCGAGAUUACAUCGGUUGGCCAUGGCUAUUCUAUCGGCCCCAUCUACACAAGUAACUGUAGAAAGGCUUUUCAGUCAAAUGAAGUUUAUUCUAUCCGACAGUCGAAUGAAGUUAAACGAUGUAACGUUGAAGAACUUAAUGCUUUUGAAGAUGAAUUCGGAUUUGCUGCCAAAAGUGGCGGAGGUUUUAGAUAGCGAGUUUAACUGAACUGUAAAUUUGGCAUAGUUGACUCAUUAAACUGUUUUUUUUUUCAUAAUAUUACACGUAUUUGAAAAUAAGAAGAC